GAAAAAAUAACAUAUGUAACCAAGCACAAUAAAUACAAUAUUUUAGAAUUAUCAAUUAUUUACUAAGUGCUCAAUUAGUAUUCAUAGUAGAAGAGCUUAGUGCCUAUGAUAUGAAUGUUUUCUAUUUCAUUUUGGUGACAUUCCCUUAUUUUGAGUUAACUUUAUCAAGUCCUAACACACCAGAUACUCAAGAAAAUGUUACUAAAGAAAAUAGUUUGUGGACAGUGAAGAGUGUUGUCAUUCCACUGUUGGACGUUGGCGUGCUUUGGGCAGAAGACAGACUAGUAAGAAGCAAAAGAAACCUUUCUAAACGGCUCUCAAAGAGUUCUGUGGGACUUAUGAAUAGCAUUAUACAACAAUCAAAAAAUGGAAAUCAGACAGAUUCCAGUGAUGCAUUCGUAGACUCAUUGGUCUCUUUAAUGUCGAAAUCGGACCCUGCACUCUUGUUGAAACUUCAAAAGAGGAUUGAAGAAUUUGAACAAACACGACCUAAGACCUAUAGAAAUUUCAGAGCAGAAAAGCCAAGACCUCUCAUUCAGUUCUUUAAUGUAACAAAGAUUUCGGUAUCAUCAGAUGAUGAUGAUGAUAUUGCCAAAUCAAAAAAUGUUGAGAGCAGUGUAGCGUCUAAAAAUGAAGACGACCAAAUAGUCAAAGCAGAUCCUGAAGACAAUGAUUCAGAAAUAAUUGCAAAAACAGAUGUAACCACAUUAUUAAAAACUAAAGAUGGGAAGAUUGCAAAGAUACAAAGAUCAGGAGACAAAAAACGCUACAGGCUGGAAAUAGAUUGCAGUACAAAAGUUUCAUCUGAAGAUGUAAAUGAAAAUGAAGAUCUUCAAGCUGAGAGAAAGAAAAGAAAAGUAAAACUUUUAAAUCAACCGAUAGUAACAGAAAAAUUCAUGGGAUACUUGAAAGGUAUUGUAGGAAGUAGCUCUGAUGAUUUCUUCGUGAAACAUUCCUUCCCACUUCAUAAAGGAUACAAUAUAAAUUCCUUCACUUGAUGUUUAAAAGAAUAAAAUACUUUAUUCCAUUCCCAUAUUUUUAUAUGUUUUAUUUUAAAAAACAAUUAUUU